AUGACGAUACAGGCCGAUAAUUGGGAAGCGCUGAGAGAAGAGAUGAUGACAAAGGUCAAGCCUUCGGUGGAGGUGGACGUCUUCCAUCGGCCGCCUGUCGCGGUGACUGUGGAUAUGGAUUCAAUCAAAGGGAUACACUUUGGGGAUGUGGACGAGGUGAUUCGAGAGAUGUGUAUAGCAGGGGACGGUCAAUAUUUGGUCAAACUCCGGAUCACGAGCAUCGCCCUUUCAUCAUAA